AUGCUGCCUUUACACUAUGUCUUGCUUUUCGUGAUGGCGUUUGGCCUGAAAUGUACAGCCACAGAAUCUGUUAAACCCUACACAGUGUUCCUUGAUGGUUUUCAAAUUCCGCAUUUCAAAGGCACUUCGGCCUUUAACAUUCCUGCCAAGGACAAGGAUUUGUACUGUACCUUUGUCAUAAGAGAUGCAGCUGGGGAAACACAGAACAAAGAAAGGACCAAAAUCUACUUGUUUACGGCUCAAGGUAAUUUUUAGGAUCACUUUACGCGUAGCAUCUUGAAACAACACAGCCAUUUUUCCUCAAAUUACAAUCCAAAGUGAUUACUCAGCGGAGAACACUAUGGACUGUAUAUUUGUCAUGGCUUAUCGUUCAGAAUAAGUCCAAUUUUGGUUCUUGACCAUCAUUGAACGUUCUUGGUCAGCGCCUUAAUGUCUUUAGUUUGAACACUAAUUUGUUCUCCAGUUAGCCAACUGCAUGACGUGAAAUAAAAAGGAAAGAGGCUAAAAAGCAGAGGAAACGGUAGAACUUGCUUUCACGGUUUUUUGUACAAUAUGCAUGUUAUGAUGAUGAAACGUAAUCCAUUUCCAGUCAUGACAGCUAAUACAGAAAUAGGGAUCUGUACCGACACCAGUAGACAUCAGACGCUAGGCUUUCUGUUUAAAGGAUACCAGAUUUCUCGUGUGAAAAAUAUAUAAUACUUCGCGGAAAUAAUUACCUUUCAGACUACUUCAUCUACUUUUUCACCUCAACUCCACCUACUUAGAGGAUCAACUGCAACAUUUUCAGAUACGAUUGGAAGUACUACCUCUAAAUGACUUCAUAUAAAGAUCAGCGCAGUUUGCAAAAUGUUUUUAGAAUACCUCUGUAUCAUUGUCACCUAAGUAAGGGAUAGUUUAGUCUGCGAUAAGAAAUAAUGAUUAUCUCAUCGAGCUUCCCAAGAGCUAUGAUUGUUAAACAAAGAGAGUAUCAAAUUAAUUUUGGCAAACAACUUUUGCUAAUACGCCGAAGCCUAGCUCAAAGAACUAGUGCAACUUGAACUGAUAGUAUCAGUGCAUCAAUCAAAUCUUCCAACCGAUGGACCUGACUUAACCGAUGGACGAGACAGUUAGCUGGUGAGAAGUUGCAAGGGCAGAAAUAUCGAACCAGUCUAUUUAUAUCUGCAUUACUCAUGUCUUCAUUCAUAGCUAUUUAUUCUAGUCAUUACUUUUAGCAUUACGUCUUGUUUUCCGACCAUAAACCGGCUCUUUGCCUCUAAAUUCUGAUGCCAUACGAUCAGAAUUGCCUAAACGCCAUUACAAUAAUCGCUGAAGGGAUCAAGUAUUUUUCUUCGCAUAUAGCUUAGUGCAUUCGAAAUGAACUGGGCUCGGCCAAAGGCUGCAAGACAAAAUACGGAACGAUAAAAGUUAAUUUCCCGUUCCUGAUUGGAUCGGCGAAUGGUGUCUUUAUGCUUAUCUGAUAAGAUAUCAACGCUGAUCAAAGCUUCUUUCUUCAAAACGCUUCACUUUCGAACCCUAAGUACAGUCUUCAAAUAUUCCAUUAGAUAAACAGAUUGAUAAAUGGAUAGCAACGAAAAAAUAAAAGAUUGAUGGUGGAGAGAAACAACAAAUAAGAAACCAAGACAAUUGGGUUAACGGCGAUUAAGAUAUUUAAUUCGUUCCUGCAACACCUUCAAAUAACAUUUGUAAUGAUAUGAUAUGGAAAUCUGACUUUGCACCAAUAAGCGUUUUUAGGUUGUCCGUGUUUUAAUCAUAUAAAAUUGAAUUUUAAAAAAGUGACGUUUACUUUCAAUUUCGAAAAAGGCUUUCCUUUUUUCAAUGUUUUUGUUUAAAUAAAUUACGAAUGCCGUUGCUGAUGUUGCUGGUCUUUUUUUUAUAGUAUUUCAGAGUUUUGUUUGAUCAUAAUCAUCACCGUUUCAUGUGUUUUACGUUCGCGGAGUGUUUACUUGCGCGGUUCACGUUUUGUGUGAUUUGCUGUUGAAGGUAGUUCACCCUUAAAUUACGUUUCACUUCCUGCUGCUUUGAUUGUUGAAUUAUUUAUUGCGCUGUUCUGUCGGAUUUAACACUGUUGUUAAUUUGUUGUUAUGUUAGGCCUUUUGCUCAAUUGUGGUAAACUCAGCUAUCCCUCCAAAUGGUCCGCGCAAACUUUUCUAGGUCGGAAGGAAGAAUUAGAUGGUGCUAUUUUUAUUCUAGGAACCAAGCGAGGAGUAUCAGAACUAUUUUCGAAGUAGUGCGUUAAACUAAGUUUGAAUGAAUGUAUCUCUUUCGCAGUUACUCCAAUAAUCAACGGAGUUGUCUACAAUGUAAACUUGUCCAAUAUUCGGACGGAUGAUCCCUCCUCGUCAACAGAAAUAAGAGUAAUGGCUAAACAUUAUGGCUUCCAGUCAUCCUCACUCUCCAGUGAAAACCUUGUGUUGUAUAAUCGGAAUAGCAAGAAUUUUGUUCAGGCUGUUAAAAUACGAAGCAAAGGUGAUAUACCAUCGGCCUUCCCCGUUCUCGCUUUGGUGAAAAGGUGGAUUCAUACUCCGCUUGUAAACCAUGGUGUAUAUCUCAGGCUGCAGCCAUUUAACGUGGAGAAUUUGGUGUAUCACAAACGGGUGACUGAAUCUACCGCUGAGAGAAGGAAUAAUAGACCACUACUGGUGGUACAAACACAGGCCAAACUUCCGGAGAUUGAUUCAAUGUCAACUGGGAAUAGGUAACUCAAUGUAAUACAUAGAUUUAGCCAAGACUAAAAGCGGUGCUCCAGUGAAUUUAUUUUCAGCUCCCUACACUUUAUUAACACUUAAUAACGGCUUCAAGGGAAUUUCGGUGACUAGUCCAGCGGGGAGAAGUGACAAGCCUGGAAACGAGGAACGAUAUUCUCACAGCUUGCAAAACGAUCAACACGCAUGCUAGUCAGCGACCUGUAUUAUUUACAGGCGUUAUUUUCUUUACUGCUUGAGUAGUGUUCUUACUGCGAGGAUUGCUUUUACAUUCAUAUCUUUAUCUGCAGUUCACACUGCGGGCACCAGUUAAGCCAUUACGUAUUUAGAAGGGCGAGGAGGAGGUAAUGCACAGGUGCAAUUGCGUACGUAACUUGAAUACCCCAUUAGUGUGCAGAUGAUGAUCAAGUGCGCAAACUCGAGUGCCGAACUUUUUGCCUAGCUUACCGCGGGCUAAGUCUCACACUAGGGCUUCACUUGGGCUGGAAGAUGUGAAGGGCGACUUUAAAAGCCGGCUUGGCGGAAUAGCGGAAAACACCCCAAAUCCUAACACAUAGAACGAAGAUAAUUGCCCCAAAUCCUAGAAGAUGGAACGGUGGAAAAUCACUCCAAGUCCUAAAACACGGAAUGAUGGAAAAUCAACCCAAAUCCUAAAACACGGAACGGCGGAAAAUUACCCCAAAUCCUAAAAGACGGGACGGCGGAAAAUCACCCCAAAUCCUAAAAGGUGGAACUAUUUAAGAGUGCACACAUCCUGCCUUAUAUUGCAUAUUCAUUUGCUACAUCAUAGCGGUGUUCCGGUCGUGUACUUACGUGAGUGAGACCUUUCCUCACCCUUCUUUUUCCCCUCACGAGUUGAACUUCCGCGGAAAUUAAUCAACACUCAAAAACUUAUCUUUUCUCGUGAUGUGCAACAUCAUGUUGUUGGCUGUUUAGUUUGGUAGAGAUUAUUUUCUGCGGUUGUCGAGGUGUUAAGUAUGUCGACAGGCCGAAACAUGUAUUGCUUUUUUCGUGGUUAGGCAAUUUUCGAAGUACGUGACCUUUAGAUCUUUGGGCACGAGUAUGACGAGCAUGUCUUUAUGUGAAACUACUGGAAGCUCUUUGAAAAUCUCCUCAUUUUACUCAUCAAAAUCUUUUUUUAAGGCUGGUCACUGAUGGGUUCUAUUGUGUAACAAAAGGCAUUAUGGUUAGUCGCACUUUGUUAUUCUCUUAUGUCAAGGAUAGAUUGGACGCUUGGUGGCGAAGAAAUUCCUUAAAUUCUUCAAGACAGCCACUUCUCGCGGCCCAGCGUUAAUCAAGGCCUCAGACUUAUUCAUGGACAAAGAAACGCUCGUAUUGAAGGGCUCAUAACGAUGGCCUGCUCGUAGGCUUGUCUGAUUUUGAAGGUGGGGCUGAAAGUCGGUCUAGUUUGAGAUGCCUGGAAACGUUUUUAUGUUGUUCUCACAAUUACAAGCAGAUGGUUUAUGUUGUUUUAUUUGAUCAAUGCAGAAGUGACCAGGAAACGUAUCAAAGUCUGUUGUAAUGUGGUAUGUCAAGUUGGUUUGCUCAUGCUGUGCGACUUUUUGCCGGAACAAAACUCUUAGCAAAUUUAACAUAACAAAAGGUAAUUAAAGAGGUUUGCAGCGCGAAAACUCAGAUAAGACUCAAAUUACCUCCUCCUAGCCUUUUCCCGUUCUUUCUCGGCUUCUUAGUGAUUCACUUUCUCUCUGUUGUUAACUUUUUUCGGUCUUUUUUCUAGAGCAACUUGUCUUUCUUUCUCACGUUGCUCUUCGUCACUCUAAGUUCUCUCUGGUUUUCUUUUGCUUUUCUCUUUCCCGUGUUUCUGUUUAUUAGGUCGAUUACUUUCUCACUCUUUCUCGCGUCGUUUGCGCCUCGCUCUACGUUUUGUUUUAUUUUCUCUAUUCCUCGCCUCGUUUCACGCAAACCCAGUUAGCACAAAGAAUCGAUCAGUAUAAUUUCCCGCUCAAAGCCACUGCUUCCGCGGGCUUCACAUCAGCUAGCUCACGUGAAACCCUCGUGUCAUGCCUAACUUUGUGCCCGAGGUGCUCUGCACUGGGACACAGCACUCGAGUAUGCGCACUUCAUCAGGUUGCUCAUAUGUUUACCAGCGCAAUCCCAUACGGUUUCCUAGUCACACAUAAGUGUGUAUGCGUAUUGACUUCUCCUCUCACUUAGGGGGUUCCCCUUCUGCAUAUUUGAUGCAAAUAUUUGUGCCCACAAGUCAACUAUUCCCGCAUGCUAAAAGAAGCACCUUGCACGGGGUCACAUGAAACCACAUUUUUUCGGUGGAUAGGUAGGCAUUUUUGAUGAGAAUGAUGCUUCGCUGCGUGCGCUGCGAGCUCCGCUAUGAUCGACUAUAUCUUAGAUUACCACAAUCAUAAGCAACACCACGUCAGUGACAUCCAAAACUAUGACAUAAUGAUUAAUCAACAUCACCGGUUAGCAAUAACAACUUAUAACCUGCGUCUUAGUAUCGUACGUGGAUUUGCGGUGUUCACAAGCGUUGUUGGAUAAAGAAGCAGGAGUUUUGUGAAUAUAACUUUCGUCCUGAUUUUUUGGCUGUUUUUCUGGUGACCCUCCCAGGGACUUAUGCUCGGUUUCUUGCCGUAACCUGGGGUAAGCCAUUCUUUGUUGUUUUCCAAUCUUGUAUUGGAUUGGCUUUUCUUCUUGGCUUUUUUGGUUUUGGCGUUUUGUCAUCUCACGGGUUUUUGCCGGUUUUUGGUCACCCAUCCAUUUUUGGGCUUUUUGUUGUUUUUUCGCCAUGGUUUUGGAUUGCGUUAAGAAGUGUGUAAUUCAUGCGUCGGAGAUGGUUGCAAGUUAUGAAAAGGCUCAUGUGACUGCGCUCCUUAGGGAGUGUAUUGAUUUUGACGGGCUUUCUGCCAUUCAGUUUUGUCCCAGGGGCUUGAUACGUGUCACCUUCAAGAAUGCCUCGGAUAAAGAUGAAUUUGUUCGUAAAGGUUCGUUAACGUUGGAUGGGCCAUGAACUUAGCGUCACCCCUUCAGAUAUGCCGUAUUCUUUGGUUUACGUGCAUUAUUUUCCUGUCGAAGGUGAUGAUUCUCUGAUUCGUGAUGAGCUGGGUAAAUACGGUGAUGUUAUCAGUAUUAAGUAUCAGAGUUUUUCGGGAAUUCCGGGCCUUCUCACUGGGUCACAUAUUCUCACUAUGGUAUUGUCGGAUCCAGUUCCUGCUGAGUUUCGUAUUGAUGACUACCCUGUGCGGGUUUGGUAUAAAGGUAUUCUUCCGUUUUGUCAGAUUUGUAAGAUCAGUGGUCAUAAGGCGGCGGAUUGUCAGUUUAAUGGAAAGUGUAGGAGGUGUGGCUCCCCCGACCACAAGGCGCAUGCGUGUGUCCGGCCGUGGGGUCAGUCUGCUGUACCAAUGGAGGUGGCUGUCCCUGAGGUGGUGCCUGACCCCUCUGGGACUGUUGUGCUUGCUCUCUGAUAGUUCUGCCGGUUCGGAUGUUGAGGAUGAGGAGGAUGAGGAUGAGGAUGGGGUUGAGGAUCCUGUUAGUACCCCUGCGGGGGUUGGUGAAGUGGCGAUUCCUGUUCCAGGCCCCUCGGGGCGUGUUUUGGAGCCUACCCCCUCGGUUCCUGUCGCUGAGGUGGUGCGGGCCUCCUCGGGUCCUGUUGUCCCAGUUGUUCCAGUGGCGGUCCCUGGCCCCUCUGGUUCUCCUGUUGGGUCCUCUCAGACUGUCUCUGCAGUUUCUCCUGAAGUGGCCUCUGGCCCCUCGGGCGUUGUCUCUGCCCCCUCGUGUGUUGCUUCGUGUAGGAUUUUCACUCCUAAUCUUCGAAGGAAGUUUUUUUUGGGGUAUCGUGAUCAGUUGGCCAGGUGUUCCGGGGAUGAUGCCUCCGUUAUUUCGUAUAAGGGCAGUAAAGUGCGCGACGAUUCCCUUAGCGACGAGGAUGAUGUUUGUAUAACUUUUGAGAGUGGGGCGUACAUAUCAGUGCACGCGAAUCUUGUUUGUAUUUCAAAGGCAGAUACUAGUGGUGAGGUGUCUGAGGAUGAGUUUGCCCGGUUUAUUCUCAAGAUCAAGGAUGAUCCUUCAUAUCGGAUCUCUUUUAGGGGAUCUAUUGUUGAUAUGGUUGGUCCUACUGAGCACAGUAAUGUUUUGUGUGCGGUGUUUGUGGACCAUACUGGUUCGCAUUCCCAGAGGCUUCCCGCAAAGUCUUUGUGUGUUAAGAAGAUUGCUCUUAAUAGUAAAAGCUCUAGUGCCAAUGUUAACAAUAGUGGAAUUAGUAAUGUUAAUAAUGUAAAUAGGGCUUCGUCCUCUUCUCCUGCGGUUGGUGACGUUGUUGUCACAGUUUCCCGAAACAGCUCUCGUUCUGUGGUCCCUACGGCUGCGGUGCUUGCCGCUGAGUUAAUUAAGCGUACUCCCCCCACUUCUGUUGUAGGGGUCCCAAAAUGUAGAAAGAAAUUGUAGUUAAUGACUUUUGUAAAUGUGUAAGUUUUGUUCUUAGUUAAGAAUUUAUGUUUUUUGGCUCCCGUUAUCAAUAGUAAUAACUCUAGUAUUAGCACCAAUGUAAAUAAUAAUGUAAAUAAUAUUGUAAAUAAUAGUGUAACUAAGUUUUUUCUAUGUUUUUGUUCUGUGUAUCCGUUUUGUUCGUUUGUUUUUUGGAGCGGGCGUGUUCAAUUUUUAGGUGUGAGUGUGUUCAAUGUUUGCGAGGUGGGGUUCGAUUCCCCAACGAAGUUGGUGUCUGGUGGCCCUCGGUUUAUGGUGGACCAAACCCUAAGGCAUUGCACUUUCAGCCAUGGGUUGGAUUAGGUCUGUAGAUCGGCAGGCAUUGCACCGCCCUCACGGGAGCCUGGCUGUUCACCUUAAAUAUAUAUAUAAAAAAAUUAUCAGUUUUUUAAUUUUUAUUUGAUAUUCGACCUCUCAUACUUAUCACUGUUACAGCGUCUAUAUUGAUGAUUGAUAUUUAAUUAUUAAUCAUCAAUGUAAACGCUGUAUGAUAGGUACGAGAAGUCGAAUAUCAAAUAAAUAUUAAGAAAAGCAGCCAGCAGAGUCACUGACGGCUGUUAAACGUGGCCUCUUGAGAGUCGUACUUGGAUUUCAAUUACAUUCUUUGUUUAUUCUCAUUUUUAAUAUAAUGUAUUUUUAAAUCUCGUUAUAUCCCUGUAUUUCAUGGUUAGUUUUUAGUCUUAGCUUAGUUUUCGAUAUGUGAUGACCCUUCUAUAAACCACUUCUAUAGAGCUUACUAUUAUUAAUGAAUACAAAAUCUAGGUGCACUAAAUAGAGAAUUUCAUCGAUCCUUCUUACCAUCAUAGUGUGAUCAAGGAAAUUGGCUCACCGUUAAAAACUUAUGUAAUAUAAUUGCGUUUCAGAAAAGUCACGACAACAUUAUGAACUCUAUCCCUUCCCCCCCCCUCUUGUUCUACUUUAAAGCCUUUCAGGACAUUUUUCGACAAUUUUUAGUAUAUCGUGACGGUAAGGAUAGGGAGAGUAACACCUCACCAUUAUUUUCCUUGGUCUUACAUGGCGUUACAGGUACAGGACACUGGGUGAAGUUAAGCGAAAGACCAGACAAGCUCGCGAAACUCGUGACAAGGGGCCUUGUUCUAAACGUCCUAUGCGGAUUCCAAUGGGCAGGAAUGGUCUCUGGAAAGACGUCAUUCUUCCUAAGUUUUAUGAUGCCUACAGGUGUGGUGGAGACUGUAAAUUUCCGCUGGAUAUUAAAGUAAGUUUACCAACUCAGUAUGGUUUUCUUACUUUUUAGUCUCAGUUCUGGAUUAUUAGCCGGAAAUUUUGACCAUAUAUGAAUAAUUAUAUCACAUCCAUAAUGGUGACGGGAGAAUACGCUUCAUGCUUGAAAAAUGAUACUGACAAAGGGCAACUGCUUAAGGACGCAGGGAUGGCACAUUGGUGAGAACACUUGCCUCCCAUUGUUGUGGUCCGGGUUCGUUUCCUGGUCGUAGUGUCACGUGUGGGUUGACUUUGUUGGUGGUUAUUGUCCUUGCUCCAAAGGUUUUACUCCGGGUCCUCCGGUUUUCCCCCCACCACAAAAACCAACAUUCUAAAUUUUAGUUCGAUCUAGAAACAGUGGAAAAGAAGGGCCAUCCCGUGGAAUGUCUACCUUUAAAUGCCGUUCCAUUUAUAUAUUUUCAUUUAAUGGAUCAAAAUCUUUAAUUUUUGGCUGAAGAUGAAGAGAAAAUUUCUUCUUUCUAAUUUUUUGCCAAUUAACAGUUAUCAGGUAGCUAGGAUCUCUGAUUAAAGUCGUAUUUAUCGGUAUACCUAAUGCUGCAGAAGAUAAUAAGUAUACAGUAUAGAAGGUUGGCCCACUUAGUUCUUGUUCUUAAGGUCUGCGUCAUACCUCGGCAAGUCGAAAUUCUUCUUAGUCUGAAGGUCAAACUACGUCUGGCCGACUCGGAGCCCGAAUGAAAAUUUUGGCUUCUGCAAUGGAUUCUCUGAGGCUCGUCUAUUAAAUAUCUGCUAAACAGAGUAGUCGGAGAUUUUUACCUUAAUGUCAUUGCUCAAUAAGCAUGGUUUAAUUUCAAAGUUAUUUGGAUUCUGUGAAGAGAUGAUCUCUGGUCCGGCUUACUGCCGUACAAAUGAUGACCCUCAUCCUAUCGUUGUGACAAUUUUUUGUUAGCAGAUCCUUUCAAGGGGGAAGGUACAACUUGGUCAACUCUGUCUAGUAAUAAAAGGGAGUUUCUGACUGCUUGUGCUUGUUGUUGUAUAACUGAAGAGUAUUGCAGCAAAAAACAAUGUUGGUGUAAUGUUUAGAGGGGCUAAUGAACAGCUCUUGUCGAUGCAAAAUUGUGACAAGACGAAGACUUUGUCAGAACAGAGUUUGUACACUGGUUAAUUGACAAGUCGACAGUUACUAGAAAUCAAGAAAACAUUAAGGAAUAACUAUAGACGGUUUAGAAACUAAAUUGGUGCAGUUUGCUGACGACACAACUGCUGUCCUAUCAGAUUUAGAUUCUUCACGAACCUUGUUUAUAUUACUUGAACUUUGUGAGAAAGCCUUAGGACUUAAACUUAACGUAAAGAAAACACAGGCAAUGUGGAUUGAGUCCCUUCAGUCUGAAAGUGAACCACUUGUGUUAAGGGGAAAAAUGUGUUAAAUUUUUAGAGAUUUUUAUCACAUACGACGUACAGCUAUUUUUAAAGAAAAACUUCAAACAGAGGUUGAGAAAAAAUUCCAAAUAACACAAAUCUAUGGAAAUCCAGAGGGUUAUCAAUACACGACAAGGUAAACAUUACUAAAACACUUCUAUUCCCAAUAAUGAUUUAUCCCAAGUCCAUGAUAUUGUUAAACGAUAAAAAUAGAAAUAUAGUUAAUCUAAAAAUAUUGUAAGGGUUUCCUAUAUUGAUGUUGGAAAAUGAAUGGAAAUAAUAUAUUAGCAUAAGCCAUUCAGUAAACAUUGUAAUAAGCCAGUUGAUCAUUUCUUAUUCCUUUUGGCGGUCUUACCUUACAGAUAGAGUUUGGUCACGUUUUCCUUAUUGUGACCGUCAAAUUGACAUGGAGACAGAUGUUUUUACGUAAACUGCGGUUUGCGGCUAGAUACCGGUAUAUUUUCAUUAUGUUACUAAAAAAACAAUUACUAAGAAAAUGACUCUACCCGAUAAAAAUUGAUUCCGUACAGGAAUUUCCCGGAAAUCACCCUCCUUUAUACUUUUAUCCAUUUAAUACUCUCGUUUUUAGGCUAAAUCCACGUCGAAUCAGUUCAGUUUUUAGUCAGUUUAAUCACGUCGAAUCAGUUUUUCAGUUUUUAAUUUAACACGUUCGACACCUCUUAUUCUUAGAGGUGACUCAUCUUCCGCACUGAAUUUGCAAUUAGAUAACUUAUACGAAUAGCACGUAGCUCUCUUAGGGGCGGUACCUCGGGUACGCCCUUUCUUCUCCGAAUUUUGAGUUUAUUCUGCUGUUAUGCAACAGCCUUCAAGGACAAUUUUCUCUUAGGAUAUCGUUUCAAGUAUGAUUUUAAUUCUGUUACUAGGUUUAUUAUAAUUUUUAUGUUGUCAAUCUUUUUUUUUUUUUUUUUCAAGCUUGACUGAAAGACCAAGAAAUUUAAGUUAGAAAGACAUUUCGUAAAGCAUAAAUAAAUAAUUUUUAUGUUGUCAAUCUUGUUUUUUUUUUGCUCAAGCUUGACUGAAAGACCAAGAAAUUUAAGUUAGAAAGACAUUUCGUAAAGCAUAAACAUCGCGAAGGUAUCUACUUAGUAUGCGAACUCCGUUUUGCGUAGCCCAACGUGAUUCGCUAGUUAAGUGUAAAAGUAUGACGAAGGAUAGAGAUUGACAGUUCUGUAAGUGUCACCUUUAUAAACGGUGACCCUCACUUUCCUCGAGAGAUCAGAGCUAGUCCCCGUUCUGUUCUGAUAACUAGUGUUGCAGAAGAGAAUAAUACCAGAUGUCAUAGAAGAGUUUAAAAGCCUUGCAAGUAAAUUUUCACAUAACCGAGGUCUGACACUAAUUGACAAUAUGCAAAGCUAGUUGAUCCACCAGCGACCGUUUAUCAUGAACUAUUAAAAUGGUGGUCAAACGUAAGAUCAUGAACUAUUAAAAUGGUGGUCAAACGUAAGAGAAGUUGUGAUCCCGAUAAUGUAUAAAAACAUAUUCUGUGGAACAACAAAGAAAUAAAAAUGGACAGUAAAAGUGCUUUUUAUAAAAAUUUCUUCGGUAACAAUAUACACUACUGGUACGCUUUAUGACAUCCCAAGUAUUGAGUCUUUUGAUGUCGUCAGAGAUGCAGGAAUGAAGAGCAACUACUUCUUAGUAUGGACAGGUCUAAGGCAAUCAGUUCCUUUGAAACUGCGCUCAAAUAUGCCCAACUUCAAGGUUAUCCUUGAUCUAGAAAACUUCAAAUGUCAUUAUGAUGACUCUUAUUAUUAUUUUAGAAAACAGAAAUACGAAAGACCAUGCAAGUAAAUGGGCCACUUUGUUGAUAGAACAACUUAAUUUAGAAGAAUUUAGAAGAAUGACAAGUUUCGGAGGCAUUCGAGAUGCCACUGAAGUUUACAAAUGAACCCUCUUUAUAUUCCUUUCAGUGCAAAGUUCUAAACUCUAUUUUAUAUUAAAAUAAAUUAUUUUGAAAAAUAGGCUUGUUUCUAACCCCAACUGCUGCCUGUGUCAUCAGACUACAGAAACAAUAUCUCAUAUUUUCUUUGAGUGUUCUUUUUCAAUCUCUUUUUAGAAUGAAGUAUACGACAAAAUAUUAAAUAAACUUUGUAGUUGCGAAAGCCUCUUGCCAGAAUAUCGUGACAUAAUGCUUGGGUUCUUAAAGGAGGAGAUAGAUUUGUUGAAUUUAUUCUUAUCUUAGGAAAAACGUACUUGUGGACUUGCCAGCACAAAGAAACAAAACCAUAACUGGGCCACUUCAGAAGAAUUUUGUUAACUAAAUGUCACACUGAAAAGUAUAUUUCUUUUAAAUCUAAUAAUAUAGAUUUGUUUUGUAAAAAAUGGAGCCGAGAUUGUUUGAGGAAGCAAAUCUUUUAAACAAAUAAGUCUACAAUGAUAUGCUUUUGAUAAGCUUCAUUUGGUAAUGUUUAUAUAUAUUUUAAAUGUGCAUCAGAGGUAUGGAUGGAUACACCUAUUUCUCACGGUCCGAGGGUAUAAUUAAGUGUGCUGAAUACCUUAGCCUUGGAAAGGGUUGCAAAGCUUUAGAAACAGCUCCUUACAGUAUUUGAAACUUGGAAAGCCUCAUGGCUUUGUGUAGCUUAUUAGUGUCUAAGCAGGUGUUACUUUUCAAGGCCAGGCCAUUACCACCAUAUUUCUUGGCUCUUUGUUGGGCGUGUUAUAUUUCCCGACUAUCCUUUUCGCCUCAAAUGUAGAUCUUUCAACUGGGUUUAACAUCUACUCGGAGGACAUUUGGAACUCAAUUUUUAGUGUGCUGAAUAGGCAAUUAUACGGAGCCGGUAGAAAACAAGAAUUAAUUGCUCAUGUGCCCAAGUCCAAAUGAUAUAUAAAACAAAUUUAACGAAAUUAAUUCAAAAUGGUUAUUGGACAAGAUUUUAACGCAGAAAGACAAUUUUGGGUUUUCUUUCAGGUCAGUCCAACUAAUUAUGCAGUCAUACGAUCUAUACUAUAUUCUUCGAAACACGAUCAAGGGAGUGGCGAGCCCUGCUGCGUUCCAAUAAAGUUCAGAGGACUGAGCACUAUCGAGUACCGUGAAAAGAAUUUCAUAAUGGAGUUCUAUAAGGAGAUGAUUGUUGAAGAAUGUGGCUGUCGAUAA